AUGACGGACGAGAGCGGCUCAGGGGCGGGCUACGCGUCCAGCGGAGGAGACUCGCCCACACCGUCGCCGUCGCCGUCGCACGGCACGCCCGGCACCGCCAGCCUCGCCGGGCCUUCAUCGGGAUCCCCUGCGCAAGCGCCCGGCGCGGCCGCUGCAGACGGUGCUGACCCCAAGAAGCUCCGUGCGUGCGAGGCCUGUCGCGGCCUCAAGGUGCGGUGCGAGCCGGACCCCAACGAGGGUCCGUGCAAGCGGUGCAAGAAGGCGGGGCGGAACUGCGUCGUCACGGCGCCGACGAGGAAGCGCCAGAAGAAGACGGACAGUCGAGUGUCGGAGCUGGAGAAGAAGAUUGACGCCCUGACGGCGAGCUUGCAGGCCAGAACAGGCAGCGUCGGCGGCGGCGGGGUGCAGCAGCAGGAGACGCCGCCGGCGCGACACGGCAGGGGACAGGAGCAUCGGAACUGGGACAUGGAAGUGGCGCCGUGGGAGACCGGCCGCCCGGCAGACCAGGACAGUCACUUUCAGCAGCUGAUUUCCAUGGCGGGCCGCAAGCGCAAGGCCAUGGACGACAGCCCCCGCCACCACGCGCAAGAAGGCGGCGGCGGCGGCGGAAGCAGCAGCAGUGCGCAAAGCGGACAGCAACAACAACAGCACGCAGCCCCAGCAGGAAACCGACACACCCGCGCAGUGGACGACGACAGACAGCCCUCGGCCGCGGCCGCGUCGGUCGGCUGGCCGGCGUACGCGUCCCGCUCCGCCGACGGCGACGUGGUCGACCGCGGGCUGGUGCCGCUCGAGCUGGCCGCGCGGCUGUUUUCGCGGUACAAGUCGCAGAUGAUGCGGCACCUGCCGGGCGUGGUGUUCCCGCCGAGCACGACGAUUGCGGAGCUGCGCCGGACGCGGCCGAUCCUGUUCCUGGCGGUCAUGGCGGCGGCGGCGGGGGAGGACCACGCGCUGCAGCGGGUGCUGCAGAGGGAGCUGAUGCAGAUCUUUGCGCAAAAGGUCAUUGUCACGGGCGAGAAGACGCUCGAGCUCGUGCAGGCGCUCAACGUGGCGGUGAUUUGGUACUGGCCGCCGGAGUACUUUGAGGAGCUCAAGUUUUACCAGCUCAUCCACAUCUCGGCCGUCAUGGCGAUUGACAUUGGUCUCGGACGCAAGACGAACGGCAGGGUACGCAGGAACCAGGCGGCAGCGACGGCAACGCCCGCGAGCAUGAGCUGGCGCGUGGGGGACCCCUCGCGGAAGGCGCCGCCGCCAGACCCGACGAGCCUGGAGGCGCGCCGGACGUGGCUGACUUGCUACUACCUCUCGUCCAACACGGCCAUGUCGCUGCACCGGCCGAACCUGAUUCGCUGGACAAAGUUCAUGGCCGAGUCCAUGGCCGUGCUCGAGAGCGCGGCCGACGCGGCGCCCACGGACAAGUACUUUUGCCACCUCGUGUGGACGCACCACCUCGGCGAGCAGAUUGGCACGCAGCUGUCGAUGGACGACCCGGACGCCGUCGUCGACAUUGCCGACGCGCGCACGCAGUACGCGCUGCGGGCGCUGGAGCGCGACCUCGAGCGGUACAAGGCGGGCGUGCCGCCCGAGCGCAUGCAGGCGACGCUGCGCAUCGGCUUCGACCUGCUGAACCUGUACAUGCACGAGACGGUGCUGCACGCCGACAACUACAGCGAGGUCGGCGGCGGGGGGUUCAGCACGGACGCGCUGCGCGACGGGCUGGUGCGCGACGCGGAGCAGCCGCUGUCGGCGCAGCACGUCAACGCGCUGACGUCGUGCCUCGCGGCCAUCAACGGCAUCUUUGCGACGUUUCUGGGCCUCGAGGUGGAGAGCAUCCGCUGCCUGCCCGUCUUCAACUUUGUGCGCGUGGCGUACGCCGUCGUCGUCCUGAUGAAGAUGUUCUUCAGCGCUUCGUCGGCGGGGAGCGACUUUGGCGCCGUCUUCACGAGGGAGAGCAUGCGCGUCCAGGAGCACCUCGACGCGCUGCUCGACAAGUUUCGCAAGACGGCGGCGGAUGACAGGUGCCGGCCCGCGAGCAAGUUCCUGGUCGUGCUGGCCAUGCUGAGGAGCUGGUUCGUGAAGCAGGGCAAGACGAUGGACGGGGGCGGUGCUGGUGCGCAGGAGAACCGCAGUCCAGGGCAGCAGCAGCAGACGCAGACACCGCAGUACCACCAGCAGCAGCAGCCGAUGCAGGCCAACACACCGCUGCAUCUGCUCUCCGAGGUCGCGACGGGUAGCGAUCCGAGCAAUAAUCCAGGCAGCGCGUCUUCGCCAUUUGGAUAUUACCGACAGCAGCAGCAGCAACAGCAGCAGCAGCAGCAGCAGCAGCAGCAGCAGCAGCAGCAGCAGCAGCAGCACCAACAGCCCUUCUUCCACGAUGCAGGCGCCGCGUCUACCGGCGCCGAGAGCAGCAGCAGCGCCACGGCAUUCACCACGACGAGCGGUGAUGGGAGCGCCGCCGCCGCCGCCACCUACCCGCCGUGGAUCGCCGAGGCCAUGCUGUCCAGCAAUGGAUUCGACGCCGGCGCCAUGGCCGGCGACUUCCCGACGGCCAUGGGCAUGGGCGCGAUCGAGGGGCUGGACGGCAGCGCGGCGACCAACGACCAGUUCUGGACGGACAUGUUUCAGGGGAUUCCGGACCCCAACAUGUUUACCUUUUGA